CUGUACACAAGCCAGUGGCGACCUUGCUGAUUGGAGUGACCGGACUGGAGAGUGAAAGAGCAAGAACUGUAGACAAGGAAAAAAAAAAAAAAAAGCAAGUGCAUCAGGAAAAUAAUGAAAAUGGUGAGAGGCUGCUUAGGGAAGAGAAGAUAAUAGUGAGAGGUGUGUUUUUUUUUUUGCGUAUAAUCCAAUUCGAGACAUUCGCUAUCAUUCGUGACUGUUGUACGACGAAUCCGUGCGAUCCGUCCUUCUUCGGAGAUGUCGGUUUAUAGAGACGCAGAGACUCAGCUAGCGAUCGAGGGAGAGAAUAUCCAAACCAAUAAAGGAGAAAAGAGUUGAUCUGCUAUGGACAGGCAGUUAGCUGGUGGAGAAACGAGAGAGGGGAAGCUGUGAAAGUAGAAACAUGCUGAGCACUAAGCAGGGAAUAUGAUUUUGAGAGCAGGAUGAACAGAUUACAUGUUUUUCCACAUUGUGGACUUCUCUUCUCAGGAGUCCUGCAUCUUUUUUUUGGUUUUUCUCCCUCCUUUGUUUCGUGUUGGAAGUCUAUUUUAUGGACGAGGGUAUUUAUUUUUACGUAUGUUCAUCUUCAUCUUUGUUCUCUUGUUAUUUUGUGGUUCGAGUUUCAUCAUCGCUCGGUCCCCUAUGUAUCUCACGCGUUGGGCCGAUCUCAAACGUCUUCAUACACGAUUUAUCAAACUUAUCAAGUCUGCUCCUGCUUCGGGUGAACAACCUUUAACUGCAAUUAAUUUCCCUACAGUUCUUAUGCUAGCAAAACAAAGUCGGAUACAAAAAGAAGACAGGAUAAAAAGAUAUGAUGAGAAAUACGCAGCGAGUGGAGUCUCUGAGAGCAAAGCGUAUUAGCGAAGAGCGGCCGUCGGAAAGCCGCUCUAUACGAGGCGAGAGGAUAUAAAAAUACGCAUCAACAUGUACAGUGAAUAAAGGGAAAGGUUCGAGCCUCUCGAUUGGGUUAAGAGUUAUUCUGUAUUAUUUGUAGCUGCUAACAGCUGCUUGCGCUUGGAGCCAGCAUGAAGAUCGAACAGCUGCAGCCUCCAUGUUGUUGAGCAAUUCGAGAUUCAGCUGCAAAACAAACUUCAAAAAUAUCAAAAGCACGACUCGUUCUUUCGGUUUCGAGUCUUCUUUCAGGGACCGGUGUAAAAAUGCUGCUCAUAUCUGCAUCCCAUUCUGUUUAUCCGCCGCGACUGCCGCUCUCGUCCGUUCCCCGUUCACGACGCUCUCCUCCAUUCCAUAGUACGUGCCCAAUGUGAAUCAUAUAAUGGCCUCUCUCACUGCGCAAGCUAAAAAAAGGAGGGGGGAGUAGAAAACGGAGGAAGACAGAGUGAGGGAGAAGAGAGAGGGAGAGAGAGCAGAGCGAUAGAGUAACAACACACACACAGAGAGGGAGAGAAAGAGAUAGGAGGGGUUUAAGACGAAGCAGACCGUGAACGAGAAAAAGGGAAUACAGAGAAAGGGACGAGGGAAGCAGAGAGUCAUAAUGUGAGAAGAAAAAGGAGAGAGAGCGAUUGCAGCAGCAGUGGUGGCUGGAGGAAGAGAGAUCGAGAGAACAAGCGUGUGUGGGGGAGGUGUGUGUGUGUGUGUGCGUGUCUGCACGUGCGCGUGUAUGCCGCACCGAGACAGAGAGGGGAAACGAGGAAGAAUAGAUUCACUAGCAGCUACCUUCCAUGCGCUUUUCUGUCUACUCCACCGUCCAUUGUCUCUGCAUCUGCUCUAUCGGGACCCGUACGCGCACGAUACUGUUUCAGUGGCGGGUUCAGUGGAUGGCCCCAGCAGAAGUGGCCAGAUGGAAAUUGACCAUGGAUGCCUGGACAAAGGCGUAUUGAACCAGGAGCUGUCCAAUGGGCUCAAUCAGCAUGGAGAAGAAAUAAAUAGUCUUGAAGGUGCAACUUUAGCAAAGCUUAGCCACCAGAACCAGGAGACAUUAACAUGUCUUCCCCAGUCACAGGGAUGGGGGCCUGGGAAUCUGAAAGUAUCCCCUACCUCUCAGCAGCAGGAGGCAGGCUGGAGUGACCAGAGCACAAGUAGCUUGGGGGACAGCGUAGACAUGGAGAAUGCUAGAACUCUGGUGGCCUUCUCAGCUAGUGCAGGUUCCUUACCCCCUUGCAGUGUUCCUCAACCUACUCAUAACCCUAAUGCACAGCUGUAUGAGAAAUUCAACCGGGAAAUGGCCAAUCGAAGGGAUGACAAUAAGCAAAAAACAUGGAUUGGUGAUGAUCAGCACUGCACUUCUGAGGAUCUGAACACCCUCCAGAUGGCUUUAAAUCAAGCCCGUCAUGGUCACAAACCACCAAACUGUGACUGCGAUGGACCUGACUGUCCUGAUUACCUUGAGUGGCUGGAAAAGAAGAUCAAAAUGGCAGGCAAUGGCCAACCAAAUGGUGCAAACAACACUUGUGGGUCAGAACCACAAUCACAGAACUCUGUUAACCAGCCACCUACCCCAAGACCUUAUUGCCCUCUACCACCUAUUCCCUGUUCUCCAAGUGUGCUAUCCAUUGUUAAAGAGAGGAAUGUCAGUCUACAGACAGCUAUUGCCAUUGAGGCUCUGACCCAACUAUCUGGCACUAGUGGGCCUGUGGGAGAGUCAACAUUUGGAAACUCCAACCAUGCUUCACAUCAGCCCCCAUCUCAAAGCCAAGAUGCGCUGCGAUUAACUGCUUCUUCACCUGGAUCCCUUUCAUCAUUGCCUGCUUCCACUGUACCCCAAACUUUCUCAUCUGGGCAUUUUACUCAACAAAAUUCUACUUCAUGGGAGCAACACAGCCUUGAGUCACAGGGUCCCGCACAUCAAUCCUCCCAAUACAGGCCCUCCAACUCCCCUUUUUCAAGCUCAAACCCAUCAACUCCUAGUCCAUCACCCCACCACUGGCAACAGAGCACUGGAGCAAGCUGUGAGAAAAGCUCUCCUAGGAAUCCAUGGAUGUUGAAACCUGAAAAUCAGGCUUGUUUUCCACACCCUUCCCAUGGCAGCAGUGACCCAAUGUCUGAAUUGAAACAACUUCUAGGAGACAGAAGUGGAAAGUACAAUAGUACUUCCUUCAAGUUUCCCACCCAACCUCAAAAUCUGAAGGACAACCUAGUGACACCUCAUGUCAAAUCAGAGGUCAACAAUGGGGACUUUCCAGUUGAUAUGGGUGCAGCAAUGGGCCAGUAUAGGAUGCUAAAUAGUCAGCAGCAGUUUCAAAGCCAGCCAUCUAUUAGAAACUCAACUCAGGCAGCACUGCAACAGCACCUUCAUCAUAAACGUAACCUCUUUUCUGGUCAUCAAACUUUCGAUAUGCGAGCACCGAUGACAUGCCAGACUCUCCGCAAAUGGUGGCCACAUUCUACACCGGAGAGUGCUCUAACUAUCAAGCAGGAACCCAGAGAACCUAAGAGUAAAAAGAACACACAAAGGUCUCCUCAUCUUAAGCACCCUAUGGGUGGACUGCUUGGUCCAUUGGGCACACCUCCUCCUAAACCUAAACAGAUUAUCAUUAAAAAGCCCAAGCAAAAAGCUUCUCAGCCUCUCUUUCUACCACAGGUUCAGAUUGCAAUACAGAAACCAAGCAUGUCUGUGAGUAUACCAUCCCAACCUACACCAUCUCUAAAUGUCAUGGAAGCUGUACCUCCUCCCUGUCUACCCCCAUAUAACUCCUCUCAGGUGGUAGUGAGCCAGGCAGCUCCUGCCCAAUCUCAGGAAUCAGUUUUAAACAGCAGUAGUACUCCCAUCUCUGGAAACACCCCCCUAAAUUCCAGCCCUCAUAAUGUCCCUGUGCCCCCUAGCCAGCAUGAAUUGACUAGCUCAGAACCCACCGCAGUAGCUGAGGGUCCCCUGGCUGCCACCACUUCCACAAAUCAGACUGCCACAUCGCAGUCCACUCCACCUUUAUGUGGCCUCAGUUCCUUAGAUCCAAAAUUUGAGGAACUAAUUCGUCAGUUUGAGGAAGAAUUUGGGGACACAUCUACCACUGUCCCAGAUGCUCCAGAGCAAGGCUUUGCUCCUUAUGUAGUAACUGAGUCACAUCCAAAUCAGGACAACUCAGGACAAGCCAGACCCCAGUCACCAGACCUAGAAAAACUCAACAAGGUUCUGGUCCCAAAAAAUGAGCCUGAACCCAAUCCGAAGCAGGCUGAGAGAGAGAAUGCAGAGACACCCAUGUCCUCCAACCAGCCUUCUGCCAUCAAACAAGAAGAUGAAGAGUGUGAAGUAGAUGUUAAGCCCUCAGAUCAGCUAUUGGCUCUGGCAACAGAAGCGUAUCUGCAGCAACAACAUCACAAAAUCCUUGUAAACCCCUUCACAACAACCUGCUCGCCCCCAACCAAACGCAUGAAGAUCGAAUCAUCUGGCGGUGUAACAGUCCUUUCUACCACUGCCAAUUUCUCCACCGCAGGGGAGAAUCUAGAGACACCCACGAAAGAGAGUUUUCCCUCAUCCCCUUCACUAAAAGGUUUUUUAGAAUCUCCACUACACUACUUAGAUACCCCAACCAAGAGUCUUCUGGAUACACCUGUAAAGAAUUCUCAAGCAGAGUUCCCCGUCUGUGACUGUGUGGAGCAAAUCAUAGAGAAGGAUGAAGGCCCAUACUACAAUCAUUUGGGAGCAGGGCCAACUGUGGCUUCAAUAAGAGAGCUUAUGGAAAACAGGUACGGUGAAAAGGGUGAAGCCAUCCGUAUUGAGAAGGUAGUGUACACGGGAAGGGAAGGCAAGAGCUCCCAGGGAUGUCCUAUCGCAAAAUGGGUGAUCCGUCGCAGCAACGAGAAAGAGAAGUUGCUGUGCCUGGUGAGGCAUCGGGCCGGGCACCACUGUGCCAAUGCUGUUAUCAUAGUCGUCAUUAUAUCAUGGGAGGGCAUCCCAAAGGCUCUUGGUGAUAAACUUUAUCGAGAGAUCACUGAGACCAUCACCAAAUACGGCAACCCCACCAGUCGCCGUUGCGGCCUCAAUGAAGACCGUACUUGUGCGUGCCAGGGUAAAGACCCCGAGACCUGUGGUGCUUCGUUCUCUUUCGGGUGUUCUUGGAGCAUGUACUUUAAUGGGUGUAAAUAUGCUCGCAGCAAAAUCCCCCGUAAAUUCAGACUGCAGGGAGAACACCCAAAAGAGGAGGAACUUCUCAGGGAUAACUUCCAGGAAUUGGCCACUAAAGUGGCACCUGUAUAUAAGAUGCUGGCCCCUCAGGCAUACCAAAACCAGUGUUCAACUGAGAAAAUGGCGUUGGACUGUCGGCUGGGGCUCAAAGAAGGACGACCCUUUUCUGGCAUCACUGCAUGCAUGGACUUCUGUGCCCAUGCUCACAAAGACCAACAUAACCUCCAUAACGGCUGCACUGUGGUUUGCACUCUUACAAAAGAGGACAAUCGGGCAGUGGGUGUAAUUCCAGAGGAUGAACAGCUGCACGUGCUUCCGCUUUAUAAGAUUUCUUUGACUGAUGAGUUUGGCAGUGAAGAGAACCAGCGGCUAAAGAUGAAAACCGGUGCAAUCCAGGUGCUUGACAAGUUCCGCCGGGAGGUCCGGAAGCUUCCGGAGCCUGCCAAGUCCUGCCGGCAGCGGCGGCUAGAGGCCAAGAAAGCCGCGUCUGAGAAAAAGAACAAGAGACAGCAGCUGUCUGAGACACCAGAAAAGACAAUUAAGAAAGAAGUUUCUCUGCAUGGCAAUAAAGCAAUUCCAAAACAAGAGGUGAAGCCCACCAUCAAAAAAGAAUCGGCUGACCACUUUCAGGCCAUCAAUGGAGCCUUGAAUGGCUACCCACCCAUUGGGAAUGCCAAAAUGUGUCAUGAUACCUACAAUAUGAAUGGUGCUUACUCUUCCAUUCCUGGUCCCUAUGCAAGAGGUAGUCUGCCUUCCAACAGCCAGUCUUCUACACAUAGCCCCAUCAAUGGCUUCCAUCCAAACCUCCAAGGGAUGCCCUACAAUUACAACUAUGCUUCGAAAGGUCUUUUGCCCCCUGAAGUCUUAGGUUAUAUGGCUCAUAAUGGGACCUCUCACAAGGCUGGUGGAGAAGAACAGAAACCCAAUGUCCAGAGCCUUCACACCAGGCUGGUUCCAAACCAUGCUGAUCACCACCACCAACAAGGGGUCAGCAUGACCAACCAUAGCUACCUACACCAGUCUGCGCUUUCUGAGACUACAGCACCAAUUGUCACACCAAUCAUCAAGCAGGAGCCCAUGGAAGUACCGCUAUAUGACAGCAGAACAGACGGGCAAGUCCGAAGUUGCCCCGUCACUCCCAGUGUCACCCCACAACCCGACACCUGGCACACACCCAAUGGCAGCUUAGCAUCCAAGGGCUGGGAUGGAAAUCUCAGACCAGGCCAAGCUAAUUCACCCUUCACUCCAGAAAAGCAAAUGCUUCACCAGCAGCACCAUAACCAACUUCAGCAUUUUAAAUAUGCCCAACAGCAGCAACAAUGGCGCUCCUACCCUGGUACUCCAGUAGCCUCCCCUAGUCCCACUCCAACUCUUAAGACAGGUUUAUCUCCAGCUCCUUCCCCUCACCCAGCAACCCCACAGCACUGGGUCAGCCCUGCUCCCAGUCCACAGCCCAGAACUUGGAUUCAACCAGGGUCCUUGGGUUAUGGUCAUGGUGCACUUAGACAGGGAACCCCUGUUGGGGCUUUCCCAGACAAGAUGCUGGCUGAGGCUGCAGAGGUCCGUGGCUCCACUCCACUGGGCCUUGACGAGAAGGCAUGGAAAUUUGGAGGUGCAUCUGCAGCAGGAAGCAAUCCAUCCCCUGCUCCAGAAGGUCGCCUGUUUCCAGAUGCACUGCAGAAGUUGAACGGACAAGCAUGCUGGGAUAGUGAGGUAGAAUGUGAACGAGAGCCAGAAGAAGAGGAGGUGUGGUCGGACAGCGAGCACAACUUCCUUGAUCCCAACAUUGGAGGAGUAGCAGUAGCUCCUGCACAUGGGUCCAUUCUUAUUGAAUGUGCCAGACGGGAGCUACAUGCCACCACUCCCUUGAAAAAACCAGAUCGAAGUCACCCGACCCGCAUCUCCCUGGUGUUCUACCAGCAUAAGAAUUUGAAUCAGCCCUGUCAUGGACUGGCACUGUGGGAAGCCAAAAUGAAGCUGCUAGCUGAGAGAGCAAGGCAGAGGCAACAAGAGGCAGCUCUUCUAGGUCUUUCACAGGAAGACAUCAAAGCUUACACAAAGAAGCGCAAGUGGGCAGAUGGACUAUUAAGUUCAACCUCUGAGCCAACAAAAGACAAGCGUGAAGUGGUAACCCGGCUGGCCCCAACACUGCACACCACCAACACGGUCACAGCGUCACCCUAUGCCUUCACUCGAGUCACUGGGCCCUACAGUUGCUUCAUAUGACCUCUGAAUGAAUGGUUGCAGAAAGUGGAAGUACAGGAAAAAAAAACUCUCCCUACUCUGUAUCUUCUCCCUGACCAACCAGAGAGAUGGUGGAUAGACAAUUUUUUUAUUUUUAUUAUUUUUUUUUUACCUCAUGUUUUGGUGGCAGUUUGGGAGUCCCCCAAAUGAACAUGCUGCCUAUGGUGCUCUUGUUCUCUCCAAAAUGGAAGGGAUUUCAUAGUUUACCCUUCCUAAGUGAAUUUAAUGAUUCUAAUAUUAUUUCUAUUAUCGAUAUUAUGAUUGCUAUUGUUACUGUUGAUGUUAUUACAGGUAUUGUUAUAUUAUGAAGAUGACUAUUUUUUAUUUUAAAUCGUAUUGUUUUUCCUCAGUGUCAUUAUGAUUGUUUUAAGCCCCCUACCCUCUAUGAUGAGGCUCUUGUCUUCAUCACUCUCCCUUGUUCAAUAUGAAUGUGUGAACAAGAUGAAUGGAUUUUGCUUUUUUCUUUUCUUUCUUUCCUUUGCUUUUUACCCAUUGACCUCUUCAUAAAACAGCACCUUCACAUCAAUGCAAGCCAAGAGUCUACAACCUACACAAGACACUCUGGAGAAGGACAGUGUUUGUAAGUGGGCUAGUUCUAUUCUGUGGUGACAGUGUAAGACCAAAGCAUAUUUACAGAAUCUGUGGCACCAUUGCUGGCCUUUCUACUUAGUGCCACUCAAAUACAGAGUAGGUUCCUGGUGCUUUUUUUCCCUGUCUUUGCUGUCAUUUGCCCUCAUCAUCAUUGCAGCUGGCAAUGGACCAAGGUGCUCUUUAACAGCAGGAAAGGUCCAGUUAAGCAACCAGCUGACCUGAAUAGAUGUCAUUGGCUGAGGCUUUCUCAUCAUCACCAACCAGACGGUGCUGACUCGUUUCUUUAUGGUGCUGUAUCUAGUUUCUAUCCAUGAGACAGCAGUAAGUCAAUGCUCUCUCUGAGGUGCUAGUGCAGUUUGGCCCACCCUAACAACACCCUAACAGUUCCUAGAGUGGGACCUGUGCUCCGCAUUGCAAGUGAACUAUUUUAACUUGUAAACCGCCGGAGGUGUAAAACUCUCCUCCGAAUGUGAGGUAGUUAGCUGACAGGCUAAAGCUUCAGUGAAAGAGAGAGAUCAUUCAAGAGGAUUGGUGCUACUCACUAGUCUUUCCAUGCCUCUUUGUCUGCUUUUGCCCUUACAGCUGAUCUCCCCAUAAUACCUGGAAUUUAGGUGCUUCUGUUCAAGUAUAAAUGUGGGGAGAGCUGAAGGGCUGCAGUUGGUUUACAAAAGGCAGUAGGCUUCUUGGUGCUUACAGAUCAGAGAUAGUCUGGUGCUUUUGAAGCUGUCCUUUAGCUCUUUACCUCAUGUUGAGACGUCGACCCAGUCACAACAUGCUACUAAUGUACAUCCACAUACUUAUCUACAUUUUUUUUUUUAAUUAUUUAUUACAUAUAAUGACUAUGAUGAUUAUUGUCGUUGUGCUUGCUGUAAUUUUGUUUUCAUUUUAAAACAAAUUGUAAAUAGAAGAAAAGAUUUUAUAAAAGCACUUUUAAUCUUGAUUUUAAGGAGGAAAAAAUGAUGAUAAUGGAAUAUUGACAACUUGAAUCCUAAUUUUUUUUAUGGAAUUUUAUUGGGAGAGAUAGAAAUGUAAAUAAUUAAAUAUUUAGGUAAGAUUAUUUAACUGGUGAGGAACAAAUCCCGAACGAUUCCUUUAAUUUUUAAGUGUCGGCAUGUUAUAAACCCUCAAUACUAGAAGAAGAAAGCUAGUCCCGGUCAGUCCUCUUUCUCUGACACUUACGGACAUCGCUGUGUAUCCUCUGUACUUAGUGUACUGCUGUUCUUUUUAAUAAGUACUGUACUUAGACCGAUACCUCUAAACAAGCACCUAUAGCAGCUUCCUUUUUCCAACACAUGAUCCAGACAGACUUGAGAACAAAACCUACACCACCACACAAUCGGAGGUUUUUACAGGAUAAGAUCAUGUGACGUGAUGUAAUCAUGUACACCCUCGAUCACAGAUACGUCGAAAGAAAAAAAGCUAAUCGAUUUCCUAUUUAAAAGCGCUUGUUCGAGUGAAAGGCUGUGCAUGUGUCUUGCACUGUAACAGAUUUUCGAUAGGACGUGUGAUUUUUUUUUACACCUUAGCGAGUUUCAUACAUUUAAUAUUAAGGUGUAAAUCUUUUUUUUUUUUUUUUUUUUUAGAUCAUCGUGUUUAUUUUUAUUAUUUUUUUUUGUUCUUGAAGCCACUUGAUUUCAUAUUUGUCAGAAGUUAAAUUUUUAAUACAUGGUGCUACCUGUAGAGGUCACUGUAGAGACGCAGAGCAAAAUCUGUCAUUUUCAAAAUCUUUAUAUGAGCCGUUGUCUUGGUUUAAAGUGUACAGGAAUCAUCUAUGGUGCUGACUGCAUUUUCAAAUUUUCCUCACUUAAGCAUGUUGAAAGAAUCUUAUAAUUAUCUUGUUUUCAAAAGCACUCAGAUGUUUUGGCAGUUCUCCCUCUCCCUUUUACACACACACACACACACACACACAAACACACACAAAUACUCUCUUUUUAACCCUAAUCCCAAACAACUGAUAAAAUGGUACUUGAAGCAGAUAUUUAGAAUCAGUGAUUAUACAGGUAGAAAACUUGUAUGCUAUGGAGAUGAAUAGACUGUUAAUAUUUUUUUAUCAUUCUCCUGAUUAUACCCAGGUAUUCCUUAGUUUCUGUCUCACACGAAUACACUCAAGCUCAAACGCUUUUUUGUCCCCUCUCUAAGCAUUCAGCAUCAAAAAUCACGAUCAUGCCAAUUUUUACUUAUUAAAUAAUGACAAAAAAAAAAAAGAAGAACUCGAAUAACUGGCAGCUACAUUCCUAUUAGUUAAAGAUUGUUAUUGGUUCUAUUGUUUCAUGUCAAGUAUGCAGUAUGUUUUAAAGGUUUCUUUUGUUUGGUCUCUCCUUGUAGCUGUAUGGUGUAUUAUGUGAAUACAUAGUGUAUGUGGUAAAAGCCACAAUACUGUUUUAUGUUCUUUAAAAGUAAAAAAAAAAAAAAGAAAGAAAGAAAGAAAUAAAAAUAACUUUGCCUUCUCA